AUGGUAAUGAUGCGCUACGUGCUGUGUAUCCUCGCUCUCCUGCUCUCCUGUGCGUGUGUGCACGUCCUCGCUGAAGAAGUGCCUGCCGCCGAUCUUUCCGACCAAGUCCCUGAUACGGAGAGUGAGACAAAGAUUCUUCUUCAAGGUACUCCUGUCGCCGAACCUACUCAGUGCCCUGAAGAUCAAACUCAUAUCACUGGUACUUGUCCAAAGGAACCAGCUCCGACUACACCAAAGGAACCAGCUCCAACUACACCAAAGGAACCAGCUCCUACUUCACCAAAGGAACCAGCACCAACUUCAACAAAGGAACCAGCUCCAACUACACCAAAGGAACCAGCUCCAACUACACCAAAGGAACCAGCACCAACUUCACCAAAGGAACCAGCUCCAACUUCACCAAAGGAACCCGAAACUGGUGGUGCUGAUAAUACAAAUGCUGAAGAUGACACAACAACAGGUGAGGACACAACCACCACC